AUGCUGAAUACUACUGUUGUGGAGGUCAGGCCAGCCACGACUAAGACAGAACCAAACCAGAGCAGGCAUGUGACCACAUCUAAACAUGUGCCGCUUGCCAGCACUGGACCGAACACGGUCACCGUCUCGGAGAAUCUCAACGUACAGCCAUCAUCAAAGAAGGCCACGUCGGGACCAAAGAGAGGUGAUGACCAAUGCGGCAUGACAAAGUCUGCUAGCACAACACCCAAGGGACUGUCUGCAUCUUCCUCUUCUCGAGGUACGGCGACGGUCACAGCAAGCAGGCCCAGUAUAAAGCGGCAAAGGUCAGGUGAAACGCAGGUGUCUGAGGGUAAGCGGUUGAAACCAUCGACUAGCUUAACAUCAGCACCUGAGCUACAAGUAGCCAUCAUAGACCGUAGUCAUCCCGAUGGGAAAAUUACUACGGACAGAUGGCUACUUCUGGAGGAGAAGAUCUUGCGGGCACUAGUUGACGAACUCGCACGCAGUGAGGAUGACUCCUUUACUGCGUUCGAUGGCGCCAAAUGGUCAAAGGGGGUCAAAAUCAUAGGAUGCGGUAAUGAGAAAGCCCUAGCCUUUCUCAAAAACUGCAUCCGAGGAGUUGGCGAACCCUGGCCCAACGCGAAGAUUGAAAUCGUCCAACUGGACCAAGUACCUCUUCGUACGACGGUGAGAGUGUGGGUUCCUCCUCCUAUUCUGGAGGACAAAUCCAUACUAACACUAAUCAAGAGUCAGAAUAAGGAACUUGGUACUGAUGACUGGACGAUAGAACGAGGACGCACGAGGGACAAUGGAGAAGGUAAGGAUCUCUGGAUCAAAUUGGUUCAGAAUCCCUCCGACUCCUUCGUUCCUCUCAAGGCGUCAUAA